GUGAGAAACUCACCGGAUGGAAUUAUAUAAGAGCGCCCUGAUGGCAUAAGACUCAAGACUGGACAUCAUCCGCCGGGUAUACUUCAAAUAGCCCUAGACCGGAAGCCUUUGUACCGCACCCCUCGACUGAAAAUACAAAAACAACAUGACAAUCGCAAUCGCCGGAUCCGGCGACCUAACCCGGUACAUAGUCGAAGAAGUUCUCGCCAGCACAUCCCACAAAGUGAUCCUGCUCGUUCGCACCCCCAAGUCCCACUUCCAAACGUCCAACCCAAACCUCAUCCAGGAACCCGUCGACUAUAACUCCGUGGAGUCCCUCAAAUCCGCCCUGGACAAACACGCCGCGACGACACUCAUCUCCACGAUCCUCACCUACGAUACCAAGGCGUUCGUUUCUAUCCACGAGAACCUGAUCGCGGCCGCGCUGCAGAGCCGCGAGUGUACGCGGUUUAUCCCGUCUGAGUAUGGCGUGAAUAUCCCUGAUUACCCCGACCAGCCGGGGUUUUACUGGGAGACUCGCGAGCCGAUACGCCGGAUCUUACGGGGCCAGAAGGAACUUGAGUGGACGCUUGUUUGCUGUGGGUGGAUCGUUGAUUAUAUCCUCCCAAGUGCAAAUCGGUAUAUGAAAGAUAUAGGUGAUUCCUUCCCUGUGAAUCUUGCAGAGAAGAGAGCUGUUAUCCCCGGGACUGGCAGGGAGUUGGUGGAUUUUAUCGCUGCGCGGGAUUUGGCGAGGGGCCUUGUUGCGUUGGUUGAGAUGAAGAAGGGGGAGUGGGAGGAGUAUGCGUUUCUCUCGGGGGAGCAGAUGAGCUGUAACCGGUUUGUUGAGGUUGUUAAAGACCACUAUGGAUUUGGGGAUGGGUUUAAGGUGGAGUAUCAUUCAUUGCGGGAGCUGGUUAAUGAGGUUCGUGAUGCGAGGGAUGAGUUUGGGAGGAUUGAGGCGGAGUAUAAGAUUGUUAUUCCGAGUGGAUCGGCGGCGUUGGAUUGGGAUGAGGUGAGGAGGCAUCGGGAGAAGUAUUUUGGGAAGUUGAAGUUUCGCGAUGUGAGGGAAGUGCUAGGGGGUGUUGGGGAGGGUGUUAUUGUUUGAUAUUCAAUCCGUGAUCUGUCUAGCUUCUACCAAUCUACAUGUCUCGCGAGUCAAGUUCAACAGCAGUAGACAACAAUGACAAGAUCUGAUACAACGA